CCCCUCGCGGCCCCCCUCUCAGCGGUUGCGCCGCUGAAGCAGCCAAGUGUCCCGCCCCCUCGUUGCCAUAACAACAGCAGUACACAACGCCUCCUUGCGCCUUUCCCCUCUUCCAAAACACUCUUUCCCUGUCGAGGCCAAGACCCUCUCCGGAACCUCAUUUUUAGUAGAGCAGAACCAGGGUCUGCGCCCCGUUGCGAAGGAUUGGGUGGAGCCUUCAGCAGGGAAAAAGAUGUCAGAUGAAGAGCUGGAAGACUUCGAGCCAGACCAGGAUGAUCUGGAAAAGGAAGAUGAUGAGAAGGAGACAGAAGAGUGGGAGGACUCCAGGAAGGAGGGAGAAGAGUACUCAGAGGAAUGGAUGCCCACCCCCCUCACGGAGGACAUGAUGAAGGAAGGGCUUUCUUUGCUCUGUAAGACGGGCAAUGGACUGGCUCACGCUUAUGUCAAGCUGGAGGUUAAAGAGAGGGACCUGACAGACAUCUACUUGUUGCGGUCCUACAUCCAUCUGCGCUAUGUGGAUGUUUCUGAGAACCACCUGACAGACUUGUCCCCACUCAAUUACCUUACCCACCUGCUCUGGCUCAAGGCUGAUGGCAACAAUCUGCGGAGCGCCCACCUGAAUGAACUGCCCUACCUGCAGAUUGCCAGUUUUGCCUAUAACCAGAUCACUGACACUGAGGGCAUCUCUCACCCUCGUCUGGGCAGCCUGGAUCUCAAAGGGAACCGCAUCCACAGGGUGACCGGUCUGGACCCCCAAAAGCUGAUCAGCCUGCACACACUGGAGCUUCAGGGGAACCAGCUGGACAGCACCUUGGGAAUCAACCUUCCUAAGCUGAAGAACCUCUUCCUGGCCCAGAACAUGCUGAAGAAGGUGGAGGGCUUGGAGCACCUAAGCAAUCUCACUACGUUGCACCUUCGAGACAACCAGAUUGAAACUCUGAGUGGCUUCUCCAAGGAAAUGACAUCGCUGCAGUAUCUCAACCUGAGAGGCAACAUGGUGACGCACCUCGGGGAGCUAGCCAAGCUCCGGGACCUGCCCAAGCUGCGGGCCUUGGUGCUUUUGGACAACCCGUGCGCAGAUGAGAAUGACUACCGCCAGGAGGCCCUGGUGCAGAUGGCACACCUCGAGCGCCUGGAUAAGGAUUUCUACGAGGAGGAGGAGCGGGCCGAAGCUGAUGAGAUCCGUCAGAGGUUGAAGGAGGCCCAGGAGCAGGAGGCUGAGGCUGAGUGCGACUCCAAACUGGAGCUGCCAUCCAUGUAGCUCUUUGAGCCUCCGGGGACAGAGAUCAAAGACACUGGCCCCAAGACCUGAGAAGACUUCCAGGUAGUGGUGCUGCCACAUUCACAUCCCUCAUCCUGAGUCAGAGCAUGCCUUCUCUUGCCCCAGACCUGGGAAUUCAUCACAACCUGCCGCCCAGGCUCUGUAAUGGGCACCUGGGCAGCGUCUGGGUGGGCCUGAGCCCUGCCUGGAACCUGGGUGUGUGUGUGUGUGUGUGUGUGUGUGUGUGCUGUUGGGGGCCGCCCUCAGGCAGGUGUAGGGGAAUCAGGCCCGGUUGGGCCCAGGGGAUGCUUGCAGAGUUGGCUGCAGAAGAGCUGCGGAGGCGGCUGGGUGUGUUAGGAACAGUUUGGUUUUCAAAUAAAGAGACAUUUUGAUA